AUGGAGAUCUACUGCUUGCGCAUGUACAUCAAGAACAUGGUGUGGAAGCACGACUACGAGAAUACGGUUCAGAACAUUCGAACACCUGAGCGCGCAUGCGGAAUGCAAGGGCUGGCUGGAGGUGGAGGAGAAACAUGGGAUCUGGGACUUCCUCAACCGCUGCCUCAACAUCGAUCCCCGCACGAGGAUGACAGCACAGGAGGCUCUGAGGCAUCCCUUCCUCGCUAG